AUCUUUCUCGGCAUCAAUGCGUUUCUAUAUUCACAAGAAAAGUCUCUUAAACUGUUAUACUCUGGGUCUUCUUCAAGUCUUUAUUAGUUUAGUUUAUUUAUUUAUUUUAAAUAGUUAGAUUUCCUUUGGGGAAUCCUAAUUACACACACGUUAUAGCUUCAAUCUAUGUGAAUCCUUAUCCGCUCACCGCCUUGUGUUCGGCUUCGUGUCGCCAUAUCGUCGAACGAUUUCGGUGCGCUCUUGCAUUCCUCGUUCAGGGGAAAACUUUGGAAUCGCUGAAGUGUUACUUCGAAGGGAUUGUGGAGUUGGUGUCGAGAUGGCGCUGGUUCUUGAUGUGGUGAUGGCUGUGCUGAAGAAGCAGACGAUUGAGGAAAUGGUUUCGGAGCUUGCUUUCUUGGCUGCGUUGCUUUGGAUCGCGCUGCUUGUUGGGUUGUUGGUUGGAUGGGCUUGGAGACCGCGCUGGGUUGGGAAUUUUGUUGGAGAGAAGGGGAGUUCGGGUGGGGUGUUGAAGACGGCUUCGGAUUCUUUGGUUGCUGGUGAGAGCUCCGGGAAUGAGGAGAAUGGAGUGGAUUUGAUGAAGUCGAAAGUGCCGGAAUUGGCAGUGACUUCAGAGGAUUUGGAUCAUCUUUGCAAGCUUGUGGAGAUGACAGAUGGUGGACCGUCCUGGCACCAAAUGAUGGAUAAAUCUCUGCCCAACAUGAGCUAUCAGGCAUGGCGGAGAGAGCCUGAGACGGGGCCUCCGCAGUAUCGAAGUAGGACUGUGUAUGAAGAUGUGACUCCCGAGAUUGUGAGGGAUUUUUUUUGGGACGAUGAGUUCCGGCUGAAGAACAAAUGGGAUGACAUGCUCCUUCAUUAUUCUACGUUAGAGGAGUGCCCCACUACAGGGACAAUGGUGGUUCAUUGGAUUCGAAAGUUUCCUUUCUUCUGUAGUGAUAGAGAGUACAUUAUUGGUCGACGAAUAUGGGAAUCAGAAAGAACAUAUUACUGUGUGACAAAGGGAGUGCCUUACCCUUCAGUACCUAGACGGGAUAAACCCAAGCGUGUUGACUUGUAUUAUUCAAGCUGGUGUAUUCGUCCAGUUGAAUCAAGAAGGGGCGAUGGCCAGCUUACUGCCUGUGAAGUCAUACUGUUCCAUCACGAAGACAUGGGCAUCCCUCGGGAGUUAGCAAAGCUGGGGGUUCGACAGGGCAUGUGGGGCCUGGUUAAAAAGAUCGAACCUGGCCUUCGGGCAUACCAGAUUGAGAGGCAAGCCGGCACCCCCCCUUCACGGUGUGCCUUUAUGGCACAAAUCAAUACCAAGAUCAAUUCUGACUACCUUAGAUCAUUGGAUACUAGCAACAAUGUAUCUGAUAUUGUAGAAGCAGAAGAUGAGAAACGGCAAAAAAAUAGCAUACCGAGGUUCCUCAUUAUCGGUGGGGCUGUGGCCCUAGCUUGUACACUCGAUCGAGGGUUGUUGACAAAGGCCAUCAUAUUUGGAGUUGCAAGGAGGCUUGGAAGGUGACCCAGAAGAUUAUAAUUAUGAGUUGUAACUAGUUGAGGUUUCACUUAGCAAUUAUACCUACAAUUAUCCAGGCGCUCUCGGUGGUACCUAGUUUUCCACAACCGUCCAACAUAUCAUGUUGUUAUACGCAUAAUAUUUAAGUGCAAUCCACGGGAGAGUGCAAAAGGUCACGCUCUUCUUCUUUAAAAUAAUCAAAGAUAGAGUUGAUCUUUCCUCGCUAGAACUUUCUUUUUCUUCUGAAGAAAUAAAGAAUGUUGUGUUCGAUCUUAACGCAGAUAAGGCUCCAGGUCUAGAUGGAUUCCCUAUGUUUUUUUAACAAAAACAUUGGAGUUUUAUCCAGGGAGAUAUAUUUAAAAUCUGUAGUGAUUUUUA